CACCCCGUUCCUCACAUGAUCUGGGCAGAUCGUCAUCUCCUGUCUGUGAAAGCGUUCCAGGCCUAACCCUAACCCUUGAGCGUAGGGGAAGACAGGAUGACAAGGGGGGAGCCUUGGUGGAGUGGAGGAGUGAUGAGCUGAAGCUGUGCUUGGAGCUGCAAAGACUGAAGGCUGAUAAAGUCAAGGGCUACCUCUUUAAGUCCAGUCGCAGGAGUGGCCUGUGAGAAAGGAAAAAAAUCUGGAACAGCGAAGGUUCAGGAAAAGGCCUGCCAAAUAGCUGUGCUCAGGAAUGCUGAUUUUUUUUUGUUUUUUUGCCUGACAUCUUUGACAGUCACAGCCGUGUUAGCUCCAGCACAGAAAACAUUAGUGGACAGUAAUGGCGAUCAACCUUCCAGGAGUGGUUGUCAUGGUGUUUUUUUAUCUGCUGGUCUUUGGAAUUGGAAUAUGGGCUUCUUUCAAAUCCAAACGAGAGCAGAGGAGGAGUGGAGCAUCUGCGAUGGAGAUGACGCUCUUGGGAAACCGAGGCAUUAACUGCAUGGUCGGUGUCUUUACAACAACAGCCACAUGGAUGGGUGGCGCCUUCAUUGUGGGCACAACUGAGAUGGUCUACACACCUUCCAUGGGGCUGAUCAAGGCUGUUGUGAUGAUUCUUGGGUAUAGCGCAACGUUUGUCGUUGGUGGUGCAAUCUUUGUUAAGCCAAUGAGAGAAAGUAACUAUAUUACCAUGUUGGACCCAUUCCAUCUCAAGUAUGGACACGUGAUAACUGCUGGUCUGAGUCUCGUUGUCAUUUUACUGGAUCUGCUGUGGCUGCCCGCUACCCUGAUGGGUUUAGGUGCCACCCUGAGUGUGAUCCUCGACAUUUCCUACACCAUGUGCAUAUGGAUCUCUGCUGCAGUAGUUAUCACCUACACUCUGCUGGGGGGUCUUUACUCUGUUGCCUACACUGAUGUCAUACAGCUCAUCCUCAUCUUCACCAGCUUGUGGUUUUGUGUUCCCUUUGUCCUGAUGAAUCCACACUGCAUGGACAUAAGUAAGACUUUGAUGAAUAACACGAUACAUGGACCAUGGAUUGGAGCCCUGGAACUCCAGAAUGCCUGGAAAAUGGUUGAUCUCUUCUUGUCUUUGUGUCUGGGGAGUCUGGGGUACCAGUGCACCCACCAGAGAAUAAUGUCUGCAUCAUCCGCAUCGACAGCCAAAAGGACCAUGUUUGCCUCUGCCCUCCUAUUACCCAUAUUUGGAAUCCCAUCGAUUCUGUUUGGAGCUGUUGCAGCUUCCACCGACUGGAACCAGACCUCCUAUGGUUCUCCUUCCCCAUUUGAGCGAGGCGAAGCGGCACUAGUCCUUCCAAUCACCCUCAACCACCUCACGCCCACCUACGUUUCCUGCAUUAGUAUUGCAUGUGUGGCUGCGGCUGUGAUGUCAUCAGCUGACUCCGCUCUGCUUUCUGCUACUACUGUCUUCUCGACCAACAUCUUCAAGAAUAUCCUGAGGCCCCAGGCGUCUGAACAAGAGGUGCAGUGGGUGAUCCGUUUGACUGUGGUGGUAGUGGGUAUCGUGAGCUCAGCGCUUACCAGCUUGAAGAAGAGCAUCAUCGCCUUCAUCUUUUUUGGUGCAGAAUUGGCCUACAUUCUUGUCUUUCCACAACUGUUCUGCAUUCUUUUUGUCAAGCUCUCAAAUGGCUAUGGGGCUAUUAUGGGAUGUCUAACUGGAAUUCUGCUAAGACUUCUGAUCGGCGAACCAACGCUUGGAAUACCAACAAUCAUCUGCUUCCCCAGCUGCACUGCAGAGGAUGGCAUUUAUGCCCAGUACGCACCAGUGCAGACCAUAUGUAUGCUGUCUACCAUGGCAUCCAUUUGCUUUUUUUCCUCCCUGACAAAUGUGCUCUUCAGCAGAGGUCUGCUUCCUAAGAGGUGCAAUGUGUUGAAAGUGGAGCAUUCAUUUAAUGCCGACAAUGCUUGACCAUUCUUUGCUUCCUUGGAGAUGGUAAGAAGACCUUGAAUAACAAUAAUAAAAAGCAAUGUCUUGUUACGGCAAGUCUUGUUUGCAUGAUACAUAAACUCUUAAGUGCUAGGCGCAAUGUUCAUCAGACAUGAUUAAUUAACUGUUAUGUUCAUAAGUCCAUCACAAGCUAUUUGGUAGUACUCCAGGCAUUGUAGUUUCUCCAUUCCACCAGGAUCAUCAUCUCCGUUACGGCUGGAUUCUUCAUUUGACUUAAUCAUGCAAGAAUUUCAUGGCACGGCAGUCGGUGCACUAUUGGCUUUUAAUGGGAACAAAAAACCUUCCUAAGGCUAGCACUAUUGCUCGCCACUUAAGCACUGUCUGUAGUUUAUUUUUUACAUCGUAAACAUAUAAAUAAAAGCCACAUAGAUAGUAAGAUGUAGAUGUAGUAAGAUGUUGAUGCAGACACAAAAAAUUCACAAGAGGUUCUGGAAAAAAAAAAUGCCUCAAAUAACACGAAACAAGCCACAUUAACAAACAAAUAACGUGCACCUCAAUGAAGUAGUAGCAGUACUCAGUGAUUCUGCUACUGUUGAGGACAGCUUUGUCGUGAUCUGGCUCUCUCUUAACAGCACUUGUGUUGUGGCAGGGACAACUUUUUGACCGCACUGAAGAUGUUGGCUGCUAUCACUUCUUGUCUUAUUUCCUUCUCAUUUCCUCUGUAAUGUUUGUGUUUGAGCUGAGAAACCACCAAACAAGCGUGUCAGCGUUGCCUUUUUUAUGCUGUACGGGCGUUUUACUCACAUGGGCCAUGGGAUUGGUUGGUUCAGACUGGGGAGGCUCUGCAGAUGAUUGCAGUUACGGCAUGCUUACAGUUUCUACCAUGCUAACUACUGGUGAAAAUGGCCCAGGUGUCGGUCUGGCCAGGGAGGGGUUGCUGAUCAUUAGCACUGUGGGCCCCUGAUGGAAACUCACUGUGUUGAAACCAAAGUCUAGGUGACAACCUGUAGAGCGAAGGACGUCUAACCCCAGGAUGCACAGGUCUUGCUGCCACACACAGUCUUUGUGUCCACGACCAUCCUUCAAUGGAUACGUCCGGCACCACCAGACCUUUCAAGGGCGCCGCUUCUCCAGCAACUGUCUAUAACUGCGUCAUGGUUCUCUUCAGCAGGGUUUCUUCAGGCAGAACGCCCGGUCUCACCAGCGUCACUUCAUUCAUUACGUAGGAGUCCAAGCUGAUGGCACCGCACAAACCUGCCACCUGAUUUGCUCUAGAGUUCGACAACAAUCAGAUGUUUUACGUUCUUCAGUUGCAAAGUUAUUUGCAGAUUCUGAUGACAAUUGUAAUCAGCCCAUUAUAAAGCAAUUGCAAAGUUCACAUGAAAUGUAAGAUUGAGCUCUAGUUUAAAAUAACACGACUUUUCCUAUCACAUAAACCUAUGCUA